UGACCAUAUUUGGGAAGGGCGUUUCAAGCCGGGCGGCCACGUCAGUUUUACGUCACAUCCGCUUCUUCCUUUUCCCGUUCGAUCUCAACAUGGCGCCGCAGGUGAAGCCGAGGAGACCCGCUGCAGCCAGGAGGUCCAGAAAGGCUCCUUCCUGGAGGUUCACCCUGGACCUGACCCACCCUGUGGAGGACGGCAUCCUGGACUCGGCUAACUUUGAGAGCUUCCUGAAGGAGCGCAUCAAGGUGAACGGAAAGACGGGGAACCUGGGGAGCGUGGUGCAGGUCGGCCGCAUGAAGAACAAGAUCAACGUGACGUCUGAGAAGCAGUUCUCCAAGAGGUACCUGAAGUACCUGACCAAGAAGUACCUGAAGAAGAACAACCUGAGGGACUGGCUGAGGGUGGUGGCGUCCGACAAGGAGACGUACGAGCUGCGCUACUUCCAGAUCAGCCAGGACGACGAGGACGAGUCCGAGGCAGACGAGUGACCAGAGAAUAAAGAUGGAGGAAAAUCACCCGCUCUGAGUCUUUAUUGUGACCAGACGCUCAAUAAAAGCAGUGUGUGAAAAUAA